AUCUCACAGGAGUUGUGGGACCCGUUUGAAACCCUCAUGAAAGUGGACGGAGCUCCUUAGGCCCCCUCCCCUGGAGCCUUCCUCCCUGCGGUUGUAAGUAAGCAGAAGCUGAACAAGCUGGAUUUUUUUUGUUUGUUUGUUUACUUUUAUGGAAAAGCCUCUGCACAUUCUUGCCAUAAAUUCGAAGAAAGAUUCAUCAUGCUCUGUUUGAAAGUUUAAACAAUAUGAGCUAACAUAAUAGAAUUUAUGUUGCCUUUUCUCAGCACUUAAAAGCAGGGCAGAUCCUAUACAACGGUGUCUGUCCCUGUCUCUUACUCCUUCCUUUCUUCUAAUUCUAAUUCUACGGUUCUUCAAACGAAAUGCACAUUCUUAUAAUACCAUUCCUGACCUACCUUGAAAAUCAAUAGGAACCAGAAACGCUUUACGUCUUACUGGAUUUCAAAGAAAUUACAAUUUUUCACAUGUGGAUCUUUUUAAGUCACCAGUAAGGGGAGAAGUUUUUGUUUGGUUUUGUUUUAAUUAAAGAGCCCUCAGAACAGUGUUCGUCUAGAAAAAAAUCCUGAAUGGUCAAACUUCACUGCAUGAUUUUAAUCCUUGACUCAGAGAAGAAGAAACGUCUACCAAUCUUGAAGAGGAAUAUCUUGUUAAAAAUUGCAUCAGAGAGACAAGCAGGCUGCUGAGAUGAGCACAAACCAAGCUGUGGAGAGCCUUCUGGCUUUGAGCCAACAGGAAGAUCUAGUGGAUUUGCCAAAAGACUACCCCUUGAGUGCCAGUGAAGAUGAGGGGGACAGUGAUGGAGAGAGAAAGCAUCAAAAGCUUCUGGAAGCAAUCAGUUCCCUUGGUGGAAAGAAUAGGCAGAAAUUGGCUGAGAGAUCUGAGGCUAGUCUGAAAGUGUCAGAGUUCAAUGUCAGUUCUGAAGGAUUAGGAGAAAAGCUGGUCCUUGCAGAUCUGCUUGAGCCUGUUAAAACUUCAUCCUCAUUGGCCACUGUGAAAAAGCACCUGAAUAGAGUCAAAUCAAAGAAGACUGUGGAGGUACCCCUUAACAAAGAAGAGGUUGAACGGAUCCACAGAGAAGUUGCAUUCAAUAAAACCUCACAUGUCCUCUCCAAAUGGGAUCCUAUCAUCCUGAAGAACCGGCAGGCAGAGCAGCUGGUUUUUCCCCUGGAGAAGGAGCAGCCAGCCUUUGCUCCCAUUGAACAUAUGCUCAGUGGCUGGAAGGCAAGAAGUCCACUGGAGCAAGAAAUUUUUAACCUCCUCCAUAAGAACAAGCAGCCAGUGACAGACCCUUUACUGAAUCCCGUGGAAAAGGCCUCUCUUAAAGCCAUGAGCCUGGAAGAGGCAAAGAUGCGCCGAGCAGAGCUUCAGAGGGCCCGGGCUCUACAGUCCUACUAUGAAGCCAGGACUCGAAGAGAGAAGAAAAUCAAAAGCAAAAAGUAUCACAGAGUCAUGAAGAAAGCAAAGGGCAAGCAAGCCCUAAAAGAGUUUGAGCAGCUGCGGAAAGUCAAUCCGACUGCAGCUUUGGAAGAACUGGAAAAAAUUGAAAAGGCCAGAAUGAUGGAGCGAAUGAGCCUUAAGCACCAGAACAGUGGAAAAUGGGCCAAGUCAAAGGCAAUUAUGGCCAAAUAUGACCUGGAGGCUCGAAAAGCUAUGCAGGAACAACUGGCCAAGAACAAAGAACUAACGCAGAGACUCCAGGUAGCCUCAGAGAGUGAGGAAGAAGAGGGAGGCACAGAAGUGGAGGAACUCCUUGUCCCUGAUGCAGUGAAUGAAGCACAGAUGAAUGCAGAGGAACCGAAUCCCUGGAUGCUCAGGAGUUGCACCAGUGAUGCAAAAGAGGCUGGAAUCCAGGAGGACGCUGAACAACUGCCAGAACUUUUGGACCACAAUGUUUCUGAAAGUGAGGGAGAUGAAAGACCGGUGGCAGAAGAAGAAAUUUUGUUGAAAGAAUUUGAGGAAAGGCGAUCCCUUAGGAAAAGGUCCAAGCUCAACCAGGAUGCUGAGUCAGUGGGCAGUCAAGAAACAAAAGAUUCUAUCAGCCAAGAGGUGCUAUUUGAAUUGAGAACAUUGUCUCAGAAACUCAAGGAAAACCAUCAGUCUGGGAAGCAAAAAGCAAGUUCAGUGGGGACUGUCCCCCAGGUCCAGAGAGAGGAACCUGUCCCAGAAGAAGAAGAAUCUCUGUUGCUGCAGAGGCCAGAGAGAGUACAGACUCUGGAAGAGCUAAAAGAGCUGGAGAAAGAAGAAUGUUUUCAAAAUAAGGAGCUCCCCAGUCCUAUUUUAGAAGGGCAUUGGUUGAAGAAGAACCCAAAUAAUCAGACUGAUGCCCCUAAGAAGAAAAAGAAGGAGCAAAUGAUUGACCUGCAGAACCUCCUAACCACAAAAUCUCCUUCUGUGAAGUCUUUGGCAGUUCCCACAACAAUAGAAGAGUUGGAAGAUGAAGCAGAGAGAGACCAAAAGCAGAUGAUAAAGGAAGCUUUUGCUGGGGAUGAUGUCAUCAGAGACUUCUUGAAAGAGAAGAGGGAGGCUAUGGAGGCGAGUAAGCCACAGGAUGUAGACCUGACGCUACCUGGCUGGGGCGAGUGGGGUGGUAUGGGCCUGAAGCCCAGUGCCAAGAAAAGAUGCCGGUUUCUCAUAAAAGCCCCUGAGGGUCCUCCAAGGAAAGACAAGAAUUUGCCAAAUGUGAUUAUCAGUGAGAAGCGCAACAUCCACGCAGCAGCUCAUCAGGUGCGCGAGCUCCCAUAUCCAUUCACCCACCAUCAGCAAUUUGAAAGGACCAUCCAGACCCCUAUAGGAUCUACGUGGAACACCCAGAGGGCCUUCCAAAAACUGACUACUCCCAAGAUUGUCACCAAGGCAGGCCAUACCAUUAAACCCAUAAAAGCAGAGGACGUGGGUUACCGGUCUUCCGCAAGGUCCGACCUCUCUGUCAUACAGAGGAAUCCAAAACGACUCUCUGCACAUCACAAAAAACAGUUGAAGAAAAACUCUAUAGACUGAGUUGCUGGAAGAGUGACAUCUUGCUGCCUAGGACCAGGAGCCCUGACGGCUCCUGCUUUGGCCCAGUUUUAUUCUGCUGAAGGAUGGAUUCUAAAACUGGCUUGGCACACUGUGGGUGUAAUUAAGCUACAUUUUAGAAAUAAGGCAUUUUUAUCUAUUAAAAAAGUUGCAUCAGACAUUUGUAUGUCCAAUUAUUCAGUAUAUCUGUUAUUGGGUGCUUAUUAACAUUUAAUUUAAUUAACAUUUAAUUUUCAAGACACUUUGAGAUAGGUGCAGAAGUUAAAUAACUUACCGAAGGUCAGCUACUAAGAGACCUUUGACAAAUUUCUUUAACUUCAGACUUAGGGCGGAAUCAGUCUGGCUCCAGAAUGACCACCUUAACCAUGACAAUAUAUGCUGCUUCCCAGCUCCAAAGACAUUGAGGUUAAUCAUUGUGGUAGGC